AUGUUUUCUGGACUGAAAGGACGCUUACAGCAGAAGCAGGCUGCUGGGGUGUCUCACUCAAAAUCGGAAUCAGCUUUACCACCUGUGGCGCAGACUGGAGAAUCACUUUUGACAUUAAAAGGGGCUAGCCAUCAAGAUAAUUCAAAGCUUCAGGAUCCUUACGCUUUGUCUGUGCAUACCGCAUUGUAUAACCGAAAGCGAGAGCGUGGGAACUCAACCACGUCUCAUUCCGUUAUUGAUGCGCCUUCACACAAGUUAGCCGAUAUCGCCUCAAGCAGUACGGAAGAUGCCGACAGGGUAUUAGAACGUCCACAGCAUGAUGAUUCAAGCCAGUUGGAAGCGCGCUCUGAAUCCAAUGCACCUGCAAAAGAUCCGAUCAAUAGUCUUGCUAUACCUUUACCCUCGCCUUGUAUCCUUAGUGAGGAUAAAAUAGUAUCCCAACGGAACCUUGCCUUACAUUCCUUGGCCAUCUGCAUGCGUACCGCAUCUUGUUUUUGGAAUCCAAGUGGGGCUAAUGACCGUAAUGGUAUCAGUCCCACUUUGAAUUUCUGGGGACUGCCAACUUGUGUGGAGUCAUAUCUUGACAAGGUCUUUCUAGGGGGUGAUGAACCUGGAAGUUUCAAGGGAAAAGACGACGUAUAUCUGGAAGAUGAGGAAUUUCAACUGUUGAAAAAUGUGUGUGAAGAAUUAGGCGCUAAGCAGGAAUCAGUUUCCCCGGUAUCCUAUGGUAGUGGUUUCGCAAAACCAAGUAUAAAUGUUGACAUGACUGUUGAAAAAAACGAAAAACGUGAGAAUACGACAGGUUCCCUUCAAUUGGCGCGUUUAAUUCAUGCCAUAUGGUAUCUUAUCACCUCACAGUGGCGACACGCGGUGCUGGGUGUCCCAUCUAAUAGUUCGGAGGCGUCUUCGGCGUCAUUCCCUAGUACCGGGUGGUGUUAUUUAGUUUAUUUACACAAACAUCAUAUGCUCCCCGAUACCAUUAAAAACACAAAGGGCUAUGAUGUGGCACUGCAGCUUGAAGCUUGGAGGGAGGCGCAGCGAGUUCGUCGUAAUGCGCUGGAGCUUCUCGCGUUAUUAGUGAGGGACUACCGCGUUAUAGGUUCUAAAAGCACAACAUUACGUAAUUACAACACCGCUACUCAAAUGACUUCAGGUGAAAGAAAGAAAUUUUCGAAGAUGGGUGAGUCCUCCAACUCUUCCUUUUCAUCGGAUUCCACCAAAGAUGAGUUUUUUGUACCUAGAGAAGUUCGUCGGGGAUUGGAAGAUAUGAUAGUUAAAAGCAUUCAGAACGAAAGAAAUUUUACUGCAGCUCGACAACUGUACACGGAUCUGACACUUGGAACGGCUAAUUGGAAGGUAGGAUUAUUUUCAGCCGGAGAGGUUCACAUGCGCCGCUCCAUCGAGCGUGUAGAACGCAAUCACAUUGUUCACCUAUUGAAUAACGAACGUGCCAUGAAGAUGCUUCACAGUAUGCGAGAGCUCAUGAAUGUAGCCGAGAAAGCCUUAACUUUGAGUGAGCGGACAGAGUUCUUUAUCCAAUCAUGACAUUCUGGUUGUAACCACACACUAACUUCCUGGUAGCUAUGCCGCUAUAUGCAUGUGUAAUUUGUUUAAGUAAUAAAUAAAAUUUUCAAAAUUUAUCUUUUCAUUAUCCAGAUCUCAUAAUGUGUUAUAUUGUUUGUCCCAAUGAGUAUUUCCUAUUCCCGAGCUAUAGGCCUUUUGAUUUGUUUUCAACACCCUGAAAACAUUCGAAAUUUAGCGUUCUUUUAAAGAAAACAAAAAAACAAAGGGAUGUUUAUGCAGACAUCGAAUUUUAGGUCAAAGUGUAUAGGAUGUGUGUCGGAGCCUAAUGGUGUAAUUCAUUUUUGAAAAUCCUAUCCGAACAAUAUAUUGGCUUUCAGCUGCUCAUGAGCGUAAAAAAAUUACCACUUUUUGUAUUAGCUCUAUGGAAUUUCAUAAUAAUGGGAAACAUUCUCAGUAUAGCCUUCGCACCUCUGUUGCCUAAGUGGCAAAUCCCGAUGCCAAGCUAGCCAUUAGUACGACAAAACGGUUCUUCGGAUAUUUUGUAAUUAUUAUCUUUUUAUCAUUCAACUAAAGGAGCUCACCUAUAUCGCGUUUCUUAAAUCGAUCCUUUACAUUCAAAUAAAUGUAACAAUAUUUAAUGUAAUAGACUAGCUCUUUAAUUGAGUCAAGUUACGCGUUUUAUCGGAACACAUUGAAGGUUU